UUCUUAAAGAUUAUGUAAAUCGACUGCAUGUGUAUCAGAUCACACCAGGUCACUUAAAUUAAAAUAAUAACAUUACGUUAUAAGAUAAAAUUAAUCUCAAAAUAUGUCGUUAAAUCCUCUACUGGGAAAAAAUGCUGCAUAUAAUAGCGAGAUCGUUCCUUUGCCGUUACCGAACGAAAUAUUUUUAAUGCGGCGGACGAAUGUAUCCAUAUGUUUAUCCAAAGCUACAGGAUCACAAGCCUUAAAAGGUAAAGGAAGUAUUUUUUUACUCAGUUUUCGUCUUGUUUUCGUUCGCUCUGGGGAUCCGCGUAAUCAUAAAGAUUUUAACAGCAUUGAAUUGCCUUUGGCUUUAAUCACACACGAGCAUGAUCCUACAAAAUUACCCGAACUUCGACAACCAGUAUUUGGCUGUACUCAGUUGAUUGGUAGAAUUUAUCCGAACUCCCAAUCGCAGUACCCUUUACGAGACGACGUUGUCUGGACAUUAUACUUUGAAAAAAGUUGUGAAUCAUUUUGUGGCGCUUUUUUUCACGUAAUAAAAAAAGUGAAAAGCUUUCCCGGACCUCCCCGCAUCACCGGUUCACCGGUUAAUUCAAACGAGUUGUUAGCUUUUGCGAAUCCUUCAGAUCCUUCAGAGAUCUAUAUGACCCAACCAAUUUUAGAGCAACAAAGUAAUUUCAAUGAUACUACAAUUUACCAAGAGUAUAAUUUGGAUCCUGAUCAUUCAAGGCAUAAUUUUCAUCAUACACAUCCUGCUGAAAACGCUUUAAAUAACACAUAUUCAGUAGAAAACCAACCCAGAGUAUUUUCUGCACCACAAAAUGCAUCUUCUGGACAUGUUGAUGGAAGACAUGAAAACCAUCCUCAAGGAGCAUCAGGGUACCCUUCUGAAGGAACACCAGGGUACCCUCCUCAAGGAGUAUUAGGAUAUCAUCUUCAAAGAGCACCAGAGUAUCCUUCUCAAGCAGCACCAGCGUACCCUUCUCAAGGAGCACCAGCGUACCCUUCUCAAGGAGCACCAGGGUAUCCUUCUCAAGGAGCACCAGGGUAUCCUUCUCAAGGAGCACCAGGGUACUUUCCUCAAGGAGCGCCAGGGUACCCUCCUCAUGGAGCAUCAGGGUACCCUUCUGAAGGAACACCAGGGUAUUCUCCUCAAGGAGUAUCAGGAUACCACCCUCAAGGAGCACCAGGCUACCCUUCUCAAGAAGCACCAGGGUACCCUCAGCAAGGAGCACACGCGUACUCUCCUCAAGGAGUACCAGGGUACCCUUUCCAAGGACCACCAGGGUACUUUUUUCAAGGACCACCAGGUUACCCGCCUCAUGGUGUACCAGGGUACCCGCCUCAUGGUGUACCAGGGUACCCGCCUCAAAGAGUACCAGGGUACCCUCCUCAAGGAGUACCCGUCUAUCCUGUUCCAGGAGCACCUGUGUACCAUCCCCGUUAAAAACUAAUGUGUUGUAUUUAAAUACGCACGAUAUAAAACCCUUUUAGAAACGGGUUAUUCACGCUACCUAAAAAUAAAGUAUACUAUGAUUUUUGAUAAAAAAUUAAACAUGUAGUCCGCCUUGAAUAAAUAUAUUCGGCAGAGUUCUAUUUCAAGCGUUAAUUUAAAUCCUCAAUAACUAUUUGAAUUGUGAAAAAAACGCGUUUGUAAACAAGUUA